GUGAAGCUGGGAGCCGCGACCGUGAACGCGUUUACUCUCCCAGCACAUAAAUAUGAUAUCUGAAGUGUUUAUGUAAGCUGCCAUGAAGAUAUUAAACACAGCUCGUUGUGCUGAGGUCGGCUGUAAACGAGUGACUGGAUUUAUCUCGUCCUAUCAUAUUGUGACUUUCCCCAAACUAUCAGCUCUAACCGUAUUAUCACCCUGGAGCACGCUGUGACCCAAAACAUCAACGGUUAGGGUCGAGGAUUGAAACUACCAUACUACUUCAGUGCAGAACACGAUGUCGGGACGUGAUGGCGGAUCUGGGAAGAGAGUCAGAUUCAAACUGACCCUGGUUACAGGACUGCUGGAGUGCCUGUGCUUUUCCGGGGUGGUGUUUGGAUUUGCUUCUCUUGUGUUCGUGUUAAAGGCGGAUGGAUACUUUGAGGAGCUGGGUGUCGAUGUGACCGACACCAAUGGGACUGUCAUUCAAGACAGCAGUGCUCAGGAUGAGAGGUUCUCUCUCGUCUUCACUGUCGCCUCCUUCAUGAACAACUUCAUCACUCUACCCAUCGGCUUCAUCUUCGACCACUACGGGACGAUGGUUACGAGACUUCUCGCAAUAUUUCUCUAUACUUCCGGGACGUUGCUGGUGGCGUUGUCCAGUAAAGCUCUCUCAGUGUUGCUCUUUCCGGCUCUUUCCUGCAUCGCCAUGGGAGGCAUCAUGCUUCUUCUUACAAACAUGCAGGUGGGAAACUUGUUUGGCACUCGUCGCUCUACCAUUAUUACUCUCUACAAUGGUGCUUUUGACUCCUCAUCAUCCAUCUUCCUUAUCAUUAAGGUGCUGUAUGAAACAGGGAUCUCUCUUCGGACCUCAUUUUUGUUCCUGUCUGCCUGUAGCCUCGUUCAUCUCCUGCGAUCUUUUUUCCUCAUGCCCAAAUCCCACAUCCCCCAUCCGAUCCCGAAGAACUACACCUACGGGGUGAGCUGUGGUAAAUCAAGCAGCUACAGUGUUGAAGAAUAUGAGAUCAAGCAGAAACUGAACCGCUCGUUGGGACCCGAGAAGACGGAACAGGAUGGAGAGAGUGAGCUGAACGAUGACGGCUCAUCUCAAAAGAGGGAAAUAAAAAAGAACGGCAUUAAAGACAACAGUUUUAAGAGCUGCGUCCUAUCCUGGUUCUUCCUGUGGCAUCUGGUAUGGCUGUCCGUCAUGCAGCUCCGCCAUUAUCUUUAUAUUGGGACACUAAACCCGAUGCUGAACCAACUGGCAAACCAAGACCCAGCCACUGUAAGCCAGUACACCAAUGCAUUCGCCUUCACUCAGCUGUGUGGGAUUCUCUGUGCCCCCUGGAAUGGACUCUUGAUGGACAGGCACAAGGGCAAAAAACUUAAGCCAGGUCAGACGGAGCGUGAGGCGGACCUGAACUCCUCCAUCCUGUCCCUCUUCCUCACCUCUCUCCAGUGCUUCUUGUUUUCCGUCUCCGCCACCGUUCCUGUUCUGCCUCUGCAGUACGUCACCUUCAUCCUCCAGGUCCUGAAUCGCUCCUUCCUGUAUGGGGGGAACGCUGCCUUCAUCAGCAUCGCGUUUCCUCCUCAGCAUUUUGGGAAGCUGUAUGGAUUGGCGAUGUCCCUCUCAGCCGUGGUGUCGUUGCUACAGUAUCCAUGUUUUGCUAUGGUUAACAAUUUUGAGGGGGAUCCAUUUUAUGUGAACCUCAUGCUGACCGUUGGAACGUUGAUGGCUUUCAUGCACCCACUUAAUGUGUUCAUGCACUGCAGACGACUGGCCAAGAAGAAACAGAAGCACACACCCACCAGGACCCCCGCUGAUUCUUCAACACUAUAGUUUUAGGUUAAGUUCGAUUUUUUUUUACCUGCUUCGUGUUUAAAAACUGAUCCAGAUGAAGUUCUUUAAGUUUACAUUGAGCUAAACCUGAAGUGCACUUGUGUGUUUAUUAGGAUGAAACAAUGUCGUGUUACACUAGUGUGCUGAAUUAGAUCUGUAUUAAAACAAUACCACACUUUU